AGAAGAGUGAUCCUUCCUAACAAAGAUUUUAAAGAAAAUGGAUUUUGCUUAUGUAACGUCUUGUUUUAAGAUUCCUACAACAUUUUGUAAUGAGAUACCUACGCUAAACCACACACAAACAAAAUCAGCUUCCUCUACUUAUGUCAUUUAUCACAUGCCUACAUAUCCUUCAAACCUUGCCUGAAAUAAAAAAUAAAAAUAGAAAUACAAACUUUUUCCAAUCCUCACAUUUUUUGUCCGACGCCUGAAAAAUGAGCUGGUGGUGGGCUGGAGCGAUCGGUGCGGCCAAGAAGAAGCUCGGCGACGACGAUGCGCCUCCGAAGCACGAGAGCGUGGCCCUGAUCGUCGGCGUCACCGGAAUCGUCGGCAACAGCCUGGCCGAGAUCCUCCCCCUCUCGGACACCCCCGGCGGCCCCUGGAAGGUCUACGGCGUCGCCCGCCGCCCCCGCCCCGCCUGGAACGACGACAACCCGAUCACCUACGUCCGGUGCGACAUCUCCGACCCGGAGGACGUCCGAUCCAAGCUCUCCCCCCUCUCCGACGUCACCCACGUGUUCUACGCCACCUGGGCGAACAGAUCCAACGAGGCCGAAAACUGCGAAAUCAACGGCCAGAUGCUCCGCAACGUGCUCGACGUCGUAAUCCCCAAUUGCCCCGAUCUGAAGCACAUCUGCCUGCAGACCGGCCGGAAGCAUUACAUCGGCCCAUUCGAGGCCUUCGGGAAAAUCGAAACCCUAGAUCCGCCGUACAGCGAGGAUAUGCCCCGUUUGGAUUGCAAAAAUUUCUACUACACACAGGAGGAUAUCCUGUUUGAGGCUGUGGAGAAGAAGGAGGGCCUGACCUGGUCAGUUCACCGGCCCGGAAACAUAUUCGGUUUCUCUCCUCACAGCUUGAUGAAUUUAGUCGGUACCCUUUGUGUUUACGCAGCUAUUUGCAAGCAUGAGGGGAAAGUUAUGAAAUUCCCUGGCUGUAAAGCCGCCUGGGAUGGAUAUUCAGAUUGCUCGGAUGCAGAUUUGAUUGCCGAGCACCAGAUUUGGGCGGCAGUCGAUGCCUAUGCGAAGAACGAGGCGUUUAACGUGAGCAAUGGGGAUGUUUUCAAAUGGAAGCACUUCUGGAAAGUUCUGGCCGAGCAGUUUGGGGUAGAGUGUGGGGAGUAUGAGGAAGAAGGUGAGAGUUUGAAGCUUGAGGAGUUUAUGAGAGAUAAAGGGCCCGUGUGGGAUGAGAUUGUGAGGGAGAACGGGCUGAGCCCGACUAAGCUAGAGGAUGUUGGGAAUUGGUGGUUUGUUGAUGUCAUAUUGGGGAGUGAGUGUUUUUUGGACACGAUGAACAAGAGUAAGGAGCAUGGGUUUCUGGGAUUUAGGAAUUCGAAGAAUUCGUUUGUGUCGUGGAUUGAUAAGGCGAAGGCUUACAAGAUUGUGCCUUGAGUUUUUGGGGUUCCUGUUGAUGUGAACUUUUGGUGAAUGUCUGUCUGAGUUGGGUAUACUUUCUCAUGUGUUGAUGUGCACUGUGAAUUUUUUUGGCCUUCCCUUUUCCUUUUGUUUGUAUGAGUGGUGAAUUUUUUUUGGCCUUCCCUUUUCCUUUUGUUUGUAUGAGUGGUGA